CGUCCCGUCUACUACAUAGCGCUCGGCGGCACGAAUGACACGUACACCAACGUCACGGUUCCGUUUUGCAAGGUCGUCAAUUUCGAGCAGGCGGAGAUUCAGCUCUACCGCUACGUGCUCGUGCUGGUCCAGUACUUCAUCCCGCUGUUCGUCAUCAGCUUCGUUUACAUACAGAUGGCGUUCCGGCUGUGGGGCUCGAAGACGCCGGGCAAUGCGCAGGACUCGCGCGACAUCACGAUGCUGAAGAACAAGAAGAAGGUCAUCAAAAUGUUGAUUAUCGUCGUCGCCCUCUUUGGCGUCUGCUGGUUUCCGCUACAACUCUACAACAUCCUGCACGUGACGUUCCCGGAAAUCAAUGAAUAUCGUUUCAUCAACAUUAUCUGGUUCGUGUGCGACUGGCUGGCGAUGAGCAACAGCUGCUACAACCCGUUUAUCUACGGCAUCUACAAUGAGAAAUUUAAGCGGGAGUUCCGCAAGCGCUACCCUUUCAAGCGCGGCCAGAGCUAUGGCCACAAUCACGGCAACGAGCCGGACAAAACAUCGUCCAUCUUUACGCGCGUCAGCUCGAUCCGCUCGAGCUAUGCGACCUCGUCGAUCCGGAACAAGCUCAGCACCGGACGGUCGGGGUCGGCCGGCCCGAAGCAGCUACCGCUGGCGUUCAAGUUCCCGCCGCCGAGUCACCACUAUCCGACCCCGCUGCAGGACCUGGGCGUGGGCCACCGGAAGGAUGUUUACUCUCCGAUCAGCUGCGGGGCUGCUGGGAGCUGCUUGGCUGCGACCACAUUCUCGAUCCGCGAGAAGAACCCACGGCCGUUCUGGGACGACGGCGGUCAGCCGGUGAAGGGUCUGUGCGAUAGCGAGACGGGUCUGCUGAGUGGCUCGAAGCUGCUGGCGCUAGGUGUCGCCACCAGCACCACCGACGACGACGAUGACUAUCGGUUACGGUCCUACGCACCGACCACCGUCGAGCAUGCGGCCCACGAACUAGCUCCGCUGAGGCCAGGCUCCGGCACCAACGGAAGUGACCC